CGAGAUGCUGCCGUACAUGCCGUUCCUAACCCAAUACUGGCCGUUUAUCGUAGCCGGCCUGGCAUGCUUCGUGGCAGGCCGUUAUCUCUUCACUGUGCUGAACGAUCAGACCGAGGAGCUGACACCUCCACCGCGACCCACAGAUGACGAGCUCGUGGGGGACGAUUAUGAUGAAGAUAUGGACGCAGUGGAAGGAGGUGCAGCUGACUUGGCUAGUGCUCUGCCCUGGGACUUGGAGCAUGUACCGUUCUCCUUCACCCGUAUCACACCAGAGGAGUCUAUCAAGCGCUCCCAGGAGUUCUACCAGCAAAUGGACACCAGGCGAACUGUGCGCUUCUUCAGCCCUGAUCCUGUUCCUCGGGAGGUGAUCCACAACAUCAUCAAGGCGGCUGGCACUGCUCCUAGCGGAGCUCACACUGAACCAUGGACAUAUGUUGUGGUGUCCGAUAAAGAAAUCAAGGAGAAGAUCAGAGAAAUUGUUGAAGAAGAGGAAAAAAUCAACUAUGAAAAGAGAAUGGGUAAGAAAUGGACAACUGACCUGAAGCCACUGAAGACCUCUUGGGUGAAAGAGUAUCUGACAACAGCUCCAUACCUAAUUUUGGUGUUCAAGCAGAUGUUCAGCUUUACAGAUGAUGGGGCCCGCAAAGUUCACUACUACAACGAGAAGAGUGUAGCUAUCGCUUCUGGUAUCCUCAUCACUGCUGUCCAUUUGGCAGGCCUGGUGUCACUGACCAGUACACCGCUCAACUGUGGUCCCGCACUACGCAUGCUGCUGGGCCGACCCAUGUCUGAGCGGCUCACUCUGCUGCUGCCAGUUGGCUACCCUGCACCUGACGCCACUGUCCCCAAUCUCUCUCGCAAGUCACUGGACGAAAUACUCGUCGAAAUAUAGGGCACCAAGGGACUUGUAACAUCACAAUCGUCUGUUUGUACAUAAUAAUAUGCACAUGUGUAAAACUGUCACAAUGAUGUGUUCUUUUAAUUUUAACUUUCAAGAUGUAAUCCAUGUAUUAUGUAAACCAGACAUGGGGGUUGCAGCCUUUUCAAUCUGAAAAACGUGAACUAUAAGAUCUUUGGUCUCACAAAUAUCAGUCAUCUGGAGAAUAUAUAUCUUGAAUUUUAAAAUCUUCAAGUGUUUGUCAAUUUUACAAGCCAGGAGUUUGUGUGAUAUGGUUAGUCAUUUGAGCCAAAUAUGGUUAGCUAUCCUUCCGGUUCUUAUCAUAGAAACAGGACAUUCUAAUAUGCUUAGUCCUACUUUUUUCAAUUUUUUCAGAAAGAGACACAAUUUUACAUUUCUAUCAGAGUCUCAGUAUCAGUUUGAUUUUAAGUACUAUCAGACUAGCAUUUUCCUCCCCAAGAAUUGGUAUAACCAAGAUCUGCUUAAGGUAAGGAACAAAUUAAUUUGUAUUGCACUCGCCUUACAAUUCCAUAUAGUUUUCUCCAAAACAAGAUUUUACUUACUAGUGAUACUUGGUUCUAUGAGAGUAGUCUUACUGAAACUGCUGUUGGCUAAAUGACUAGCUACAAUUGAUCGCUUUCAGCCUUUGCCCAAGUGGUUUUACUUUUGGUGGAUUCUUCCGGUUCAUGAUUUUUUUAAUUCAGUUUGAACUGGUAAGCACUGUGUUAGUGUUUUAAGCUGCACAUGUGACUUAAGAAGUGAUUUAUAUGUUAUGUUUCAUAUUUCUAUGACAAGGUCAAUGGAAAAUGGAUUUUUAUAAUUCUUUUUUUAUUUUUUCAGUAAUAAAAUUAAAGAAUAUGACACUCAUUCUAUUAUUAAAGUGUUAGUUCCUAUUAUAAAGUGUUUUAGUAAAUAUAUUGUCAACCCAUGGCAUGACAUGCACCAUCAUCAAACUCAGUUUUUUUUUAUCCUGUCAGCCUAAAAAUUAAGGCAAUUUUGUUGAAACAUUCUAAUUCCAGAACUUUAUAGAUCGAAAUGAAGAAUGAAAACAUUAUAAAUCAUACACUUAUGUAUUUAUUUAUUAAAAAGAAACUAUUUUUAUCUGUUUAUUGACUAUCCUCAUAAACACUAAAUAAUAAUGUAGUGUGAACUAGUGUACCUAUCUUUUAUUAGCAUUCCUGCCAUGCCUUGGUUACCAGCUGUUAAUUUAAUAUGUUGUGUAUAUCCAUGUGCUAACUGUAUAAACGGCAAUACCAUUUAUCUAAUAAAUGUAUUGUUGUAAUAAUAUUAUUAACUGUAUCAGUGUGAUAUCCUUAAACUUGUUGGAUUCACCAAGAAUGGUGUAAAUAAAAAAGUUGGGUUUAUGAAUAUUGCUCAAGCAGUAAAAUUAUUAUUAAAUAUAAUAUUAUAAAUAUCUUUAUGUUCAGUUCUCAUCUUCAAACUCAAUCAUAGUAGAUGAAUUUAAUUGUCAGUUUGUUACCACAUAAACAUAUUAGUAUUUCUAAGGUAAAAUAAACAAUGUGU